GAGAUCUGCUCAACCUGGAAAGGCUCCCUGGAAAGGCUCGAGGCAUGUCUAGCGACGUGCGGGAUAUCCUGCAGCUCCCGGCCGACGCUGGGAAAACAACCUCAUCGAUACGCAACGCCGUUAAAGCGGAGAGAGUCAAGGAGAAGAAGAGCGAUGGUCUAAAUCGCGAGCUACUCUCAUUGACGGGCGGUGCACCACCAAUGGUACUUGCCAAAAAGAAGUACAAGGCUAGACCGAAUUUUAGUAAGAGAACAGCUGUUUCGCCAUGGGUUUGGCGUUCCUUUACCAACCCAGCUCGAAGAGAUAACUUGGAACUGUAUCAUUGGGUAAAAGCCACCGAUGCAGAAGAUUAUUACUUUGCAAAGUUCAACGAAAUUGUUGAUAUGGUCGAUUACACCGAGGAAGAAUAUAACGCCCAUCUGAAGGAUAAAGCAGCGUCAUCUGGCUGGACCAGAGAAGAAACGGACUAUCUGUUUUCUCUGUGUAAAGCAUUCGAUCUACGUUGGUUUGUUAUCUUCGACCGGUACGAUUGGCCGAAUCACACGCGAACAAUAGAUGAUCUGAAGGAGCGCUACUAUCAAACCGCGCGAGCCAUCCUUCUAGCACGCGGUAAGCCGGACAAAAAGGAUCUAACAGGCUACAAUUUCGAUAAAGCCCGCGAAAUCGAACGCAAAAAGAAUCUGGAAAUUCUCUAUAACCGAACUGCAGAACAAAUUAAAGAGGAAGAGUAUCUCUUUAUGGAGCUCCGUCGUCGUGAGCAAAAGGAAGAGCGAAUGCAACGUGAACGCGAAGCUGUCUGGCAGUUGCUCAACGAUAAUGAAGUGCGCUUGGCGAAUAGAGAAGGGCUGACGCCAAUCGAUAAAAACGUAGAGAAGCUGAAGAAACGGAAAUCCGUGGGCUCAACCAAGAGGGCGUCCUCUGAAGAUGUGAGCAGCCCCGUAAUGGAAGUAGGACCUAGCAACUCUGCAAGAAAAAGGAGCAAGGUCAAAGAAGAACCAGCGGCUGAGGAGGAUUCUGCCCACAAAAUCAAAUAUCCAGUGGGAGCCUUCGCGCGUUCUUCAAAACUUCCAGCACCGAAAACAGCCCUUGUGCCCCGAGUCCACCAAUUCCUGCAGGAACUUGGGCUGGGGAUAAAGCCGAAUAUGCCUACCGCUCCAGUGUGUGCAAAAUUUAACGAGCUGCAAAUGAACAUCCAGACUUUACUGGAGGUGAAAAAGCUGUACGACAAAGUCGAUUUGGAGCUGAGUAAGAUGCGGGUGAAGGCCCGUGUGAUGGGCGGGGGACAAGCAGGUGGAUCUUCUGCAGUGCCGCAGAAGCGGUCGUCCUUGACGCCUUCCUCUGCGCAAAAAGACCUAAAGCGGCAACGCACCGGAGCCUGAUCUGACUGCCGCUAUUACAUUAUUGUACAUACUGCUGGAGAGGAAUGAGGAGAGCGAGUAGAAAAUGUUUGUAUAAAUUUACAUUAGAACGGCGCAUGCAGUCCUCUUUUGGAAAGCACAGAUCGCAUUUCACAAGCUGCUUGCCUUUUUUCGACCUAAUGCUCUGUUCCUCAUGCAAUGGCCAUUUUGUCCCGGCCAAAAUUGUUCGAAUCCACACUGGUGUAUUA